GGAGGAGGAGGUGGAGGCGACUGGGGAGGCGGAGAUGCGUGAGCCUUUCCCCGACCCGGGAUUAAUACCCCGCGGCGCGGCCGCAGUUGCCGCUACCGCGUCGGGGCCUCGGGGUCUGCUCCGGGCUCUGCUCUUGUCACAGGCGUCUUCGCGUGCGGCCCGAAGGGCUGCGAGAGUGAGGGCGAGGCCGGGAGGGCUGGGAUCAGGAAUCACCUUCAGGCCAGUCUGGUUCGGCUUUGGCAGAAAUUAAGGAAGAAGACAUACCAUUUGUUCUUUGGCAUGGAUAAAUGUUCAGUGAGAGGAUUAGACUUGGCUGAACAGACUCCUGUUUUAUUAAAGAGUAAAGCCAUGGCAGCUAGCCUCAUGGAUGUUGGAAAUUCAUUUGGUGGCCCAACUAGUUCUUUAGUCAAUAGAUCUAGAAACUCAUCAGUGGAAGAUGAUGAUGAUGAUGAUGAUGAUGAUGAUGUUGUAUUUAUUGAAUCUAUACAACCUCCUUCAACUUCUGCUCCAGCAGUAACUGAUCAAAGAAAUUUUAUAUUUGCUUCAUCAAGAAAUGAAAGUCUACAAGGAAAUUAUUCCAUAAUUCUUCCUUCCUCAAGAGAUUCAGCUUCUCAGAAGGGAAAUAUAAGUGAGACAAUUAUUAUCGAUGAUGAAGAGGACAUAGAAACAAAUGGAGAAGACAAGAAAAAUUCUUCCAAUUAUAUUGAAUGGGGACUUCCUGGAACUAAAAAUAGAACCAAAGAUUUGAAUUUCUCCACUUCCUGUCUUUCAAGAAGUAAGACCAAGACUGCAGUAGGACCUUUUAAUCCUGGUAGAAUGAAUGUGGCAGGAGGUGAAUUUCAGAAUGGAGGAUUUACAACUCAUCAUAGUCCUGAUUCUUGGAUCUCCCAGUCAGCAUCAUUUCCCCGUAAUCAGAAACAGCCAGGGGUGGAUUCUUUAUCACCAGUGGCCUCCCUUCCUAAGCAGAUUUUCCAGUCUUCAGUCCAACAGCAACUUACUAAACCAGCUAAAAUCACUUGUGCACACUGCAAAAAACCUUUACAGAAGGGACAGACAGCUUAUCAACGAAAAGGAUCAGCUCACCUCUUUUGUUCUACCACCUGCCUUUCUUCCUUCUCUCAUAAGCGCACUCCAAAGAAACGCAAUGUAAUAUGUAAAAAAGAUGCACCUACAAAAAAAGCUACUACUGUUCAAGUUGAGUCAAAAGAAUCCUCCCAAGAAUUUUGUCGUACAUCUUUGCCUCCCUGUGAAGACAACCAGAAUCUUAGAAAAAGAGUUAAUAAAUCAAGAUGUAUAAUCUGUAGUAAAAUAACAGAGAUUCGUCAUGAAGUCAGCGUUAAUAAUGUAGUACAUAAACUGUGCAGUAACCAGUGCUUUAAUAAGUACAGGUUAGCCAAUGGUCUAAUAAUGAAUUGCUGUGAACAGUGUGGAGAGUACUUGCCUAGUAAAAGUGCUGGAAACCAUGUCCUGAUGAUUGAAGGUCAGCAGACAAGAUUUUGCUGCCAAAGUUGUGUUAAUGAAUAUAAACAGAUGAUGGUAACAAAAUCAAAAAAUUUAUCAGCAUCAGAAAACAGAAAAAGGAAUGCUAUAAGAGAAGAAAAUGAAAGGAAAUUAUAUGGAUCAUUGAAUACUCUUUUAGAAAAAAAAGAGAGAAUACCAGAAAAAAAGGAAAAGACUUCAGAGCUACAGGUGUUGGCAGAAUGUAGGACAGAUGAUACAUCACUGAUCAAACAGGAUGUGAAUUUACCUUCUAUAACCAUAGCUGAUAAAUUUCAAGAGCAACUGGAAGAGAAAAAAUCAGAAGACUCCAUUAUAUCGGUUGUACUUUCUGCAGACCCAGGUACAUGGCCCCGUGUUUUAAAUAUUAAACAACGGGACAUUCUUGUUGAAAACGAUCCACCUCAAGUAAGAAAUUUUAACUUUCCAAAAGACAAUACAGGGAGGAAGUUUUCAGAAACUUAUUAUACACGAAUUCUUCCAAAUGGUGACAAAACCACUAGAUCCUGGUUACUUUAUUCAACUUCAAAAGAUUCUGUGUUUUGUUUGUAUUGCAAACUCUUUGGGGAAGGAAAAAAUCAAUUGAAGAAUGAGAAUGGGUGCAAAGAUUGGCAGCAUUUAUCACAUAUUCUUAGCAAACAUGAGGAAAGUGAAAUGCACAUUAAUAAUAGUGUUAAGUAUUCAAAAUUAAAAUCUGAUUUGAAAAAAAAUAAAACUGUGGAAGCUGCAGUACAUGGAUUGCAUAAGAAUGAGAAAAAUGAUGGUGUGCUCUUGUUGUACACAUAAUAUACCUGAUGUGGUUUUGACAUAACAAGGUCAUACAUUUAUUCAGAAAAGAUCUGUAACCCUAACAGUACCAUUUGUUGUUGUGAAGCUCCUAUAACUUUCAACAGUUCAUUAGCAAUAAGUAUAAUAGCAAACAGUAAAGAAUGUUUCUGUUUCAAAUUCUAAAGCUAAUUGGAUUCAAUAGUAAUUAAUACGGGUUUCAAUAAAGGCAAUUGUUACUUUUUCAUUCUAUCAAUUCACACCUUUUAAAAUUGGCAUUUGAGGGCUAACAUUUGACAGGUUUGGUUAAUUUUCUGUUCUGAUUACUUUGAAAAAAGGAGAGAAAGGCUUAGAUUUAUCAGUAGUAGUUUGAACAAGAUACUAUGUGAACAUUCUCAUUAUUAUUAAAGUAAAAACAUUUAGAAACAGUUUGAGCGUAGAAUGGAAUCCGAAACUGCAGCUUUUUGCUAUUAAACCAAAUACCUGCGAUUUCUUUCUUUUGGGCAAAACAUUGUUUUAUUAUUUGGGCAAAAUGGCAUUAUUUGUUACUUCAUAUUAAGGUGAUUACUUUGCAUUUUAUUUACUUUAAUUUAUAAAUAUUUUAGAUUUUAUUCUUGUGUGAGAAGUAUAAGAAUAAAGAGUGUAUACCUAUUUUUAUGUUAGUACAAAUAUAAGAAAUAUUAAAAAUAUAUUAAGUUAA